UGAUUUCGCAGUGGCAGUUGCAGGUCGCAGCCCUGUCCGCCCUGCGUUCCCACUGUCUAGACAACCGCCGCAGGGUCGUUAGAUUCCUAAUAAACCCCUGGAGUAUGCCCACGAGGGGUGUAUCGGUGUCUGCUGUUCCUAUCUAUCCUUGCCCGCCAUGAACGCUCCGUGGUUAUACCGUGUCAUCACAUUCGUGCUUGCUUCCAUAUUGUCGCUGGUCGUCAUUGUAUUCUGCGUGAAAAGCAAAGACCAUCUCGAUGACAUAGUCAACGCUGUUGGGGGCCGGGGCCAAUUCAAUGCUUCGAACUAUCCAUAUGCCACCCUGGGCAUCGCAGUGGGCGUUAUGACGGUGGUCACAAAAGUCGCCAUGCUCGCCUUGGACUUCUUCUUUGAAAGCAUCUUCACGUCCUAUAUUAUAUUCGAGCUGGGAUGGUCAUGCGUCCUGUGGGUGCUGUGGAUAGCCGUAGGCGGGACCACCCUGUCGAAUGGGAAGGACCUCUUCGGAGACGAGAACUGCCAGGACUUCCACGUUAUUCUCCCCGAAGCGGAAGAUGCGUGCGACGACAUCCACCCCAUCGCCUCCAUCGCGUUCGUUACCUUUGCACUCUUCUUCCUCUAUUCGGGGGUACUUGUGUUCCUGGCGUUCUCUGGCUCGGGGUGGAACACAUCGCUCAAGAGCCGCUCCAAGUAGAGUGGUCAGUGGGCCCCUGCCAGCAUCUGUCGUGCUUCGACUCGUCCUCUUGUUACCUCAGGUUUAUCUAUUAUAUGUUGGGCGACUCCUACGUGUCG